AACUCCACCGAGAGAGCAGCACCUCCUCCUUCCUCUGCUCGUCUCCUCCUUCUUCCUCCCGCCUUUACACCCCCAUCCCUCCCUCCCCACCAGCUGAGGAGGAGAGCUGUCAGCUGGAGAGUCUACAGCUUCACAAGUCUGCUUAGGAGAGAGGAGUUCAGUCUGCUGCUGUGAGGAGGAACGACGGGGAGUAACAGAGAAGAGCAGAGAAGCAGAUGAGGAGGAGAUGUUGUGUGUGUGUGGAGUCACUGUGUUCCUCCUCCUGGUCGGGGGAGAGGCUCAGAGUGGAGACUCAGACUCAGAACCAGGACUCAGCUGCUUCUCUCACGUCAUGCUGGACAGCUGCAGUCUGACCUGUCGACUGGAGGGAGGGGGGGGCGACAGCGAGGAUGAUGAAGAUGAAGAGGCCGACAGCAUCCAGAGGAUAACCAUGUGCUACAGAGACUGGGACCAAAAGAUCAAAGACUGCAUUAAGGGACGCGGGGACACGGUGAACUCCACACAACUGAAUCCUCUGGGUGACUACAAUGUGACCGUCUACCUGAAGAGAGGACGGCGGAUUACGACCACCGUGGAACUGAUGAAGAUCGUGAAACCAAGGAGCCCUAAGGUGUUCAACGUGACCUUUGACCUCGACUCUUACCAGGCCGUGUUCCACAUUCAGACCCUGUACCGCCGAGAGUACCUGAAAGUAGAGAACCAGAUGUUCCAGCUGCUGAUCUGGAGCGCAGGCAGCUCCUUGACUCAGAACGUGUCGUCCUCAGACACUCUGAAGGUCAGCAUGCAGCACCUGACCUUGAACACACAGUACCACGUCCGAGUGCGAGCCAUACCACUCGGACACCUACAGGGCACCUGGAGCGAGUGGAGCAACUCGUCCCCCUUCUUUACUCCUGACGGUGAGAGUGAUUCCACAUUAUCGAGCGCUGAAGAUAAUUCUUUGCGGCCGACUGCAGUUGUUCUAGAACAAAGAGUCCACACACAGACGGAUGUGUCGACGCGCAGACUGACGGUGUGCCUCGUCGUGCUGCUGCUCGUCACUUCCUGUGUUGUUUUCUUCUGGAAAAUCAAGAUCUUUUCCUACAUGUGGCCGAGCAUCCCCCACCCCAAACACACUCUGGUGCAGAUCUGCAGGCCCAAUAAGGGCCUCCUGCUGAACUUCAAACCUGAAGAGUUCAGCGCUCUGAGAGUGUCUCCUUUGGCCAAAUCAGAGGAGCAGCCGUGUGAGGAGACCGACCCUCCGACUCCUCCUGCAGCUAACAGCAGCUCCUCGACUCCUCCCUGCUCCACCCAGACUUCCGAGUGCUCCACCACCAUCACCAGCAUCAGCACCGAGGAGCUGUCCGGCCUGCUGAGCAGGAGCUCCUCAGACGUGGAGGACGGCGUCCAGAGCAGCGGUCCGUCCUCCAUCAACUUCCUCCAGGAUGAGCAGAGACCUCACACGCCCCCUCAAGAGCACAGCGAGGGAGGAAACGAGGGGGAGGAGUCAGGAGGGAGUCAGCAGGAGGAGGCCUACGUCACCAUGUCCAGCUUCUAUCAGAUCAAAUAGGUCAGGAGGAGGAGGGUGGAAGACUAGGAGACAACCAGCUACACCUGAGGAUGCUCUUAUCAGUGCUUCCCAAUCUGCGGGUCAGGACCCCUCAUGAGGCCCCGAGAUGCAUCUGAGAGGCCACCAAACCUUAAAGAAAAAGUCUGGUUUUUUUUUCAGUGCCCACUUGAUGUCCGGACUGAAGUAUGUGGGUCAUCUGGAUUCAUGAAUCCCAGGUGACUCCAGAGUGAUCACAUGAUGAUUCAUGAAGUUCACCUGAAGGAUGUCAGGUAUGAAUGAAGAGGACGACGCAUCAGCCUGCCUCCUCAUAAAUGUCUGUAAUUCUGCAGGUCGAAGAGAGAAUGGUGUUUCACUGACAGCAGAACGAUCGACUGCACUCUUUGAUUUGGGGACAUGGAAAUAUAGACUUGAAGUAUUUUGUUGCUUUUGAUGUUUAUUUUGAUGUUUUCAUUAUAUCUUGUUUUUUGUGUACUAACAACUCCUCAAACUGCCGACUGGACAGAUUAGUCCACGACCUUCAGACACGUUGGACCUCCUCACUGUUUACUUCAACAGCUGCUGACUGUAGUUUUUCCAGAAUCAUUACCACAUCCGGGUAGUUUUGGCAGACUGAGGAUCAGCACUUUGUCUUCGAUUUUUUGGGGGGGCUUUUUGUGCCUUUUAAUGGAUAGAUAGGACAGUGGAUAGAGUCAGAAAUCAGGGAGAGAGAGUGGGGAAUGAUCCUGCACUUUGGACCAAUCAGUACGACCUUCUGAGACAGUAGGAGGUUUAUAAAACAACCAGACUCUUCCCUCUUCAGAGCGGUGAGGGGUAAACAUACAGAAACAGCUAACGGCUAAUCGCCUUGUGGCUGCUCCUUCUCAGGCGUGUAGGUCGAUUCAGUAUUUGAUGAUGGAGCGGUUAAUCUUCACUUAGCUGGAGAACCAUUUCUUAAUUCAACAGAGCGAUCAGCACAAACAGAACUCCGCCAUUGUUGUUGUACUCCACCUACUCGCUCAUGGUUGUGUGUGCAAGGAGUCGGCCAAACCGCAGCUUUGCCAGUUUCUAGACUGAUCUAAAGUUAGGUAGAGUCAGUAUUGCCAACAUGGUGACCACCUUCAUUCAGCUUCACAACUCCUCUCUUCAGAAACCCCUGAUGACGUCACUGAGAGUACAUCCAUGAUUUAUACAGACCACAGUUAAAAAUAUCUGAAAACACCAGCGAGGUCCUUUCAAACAAAGCUGCUCAAAUCUGCAUGAAGGGAAACAAACUCCUGAUGCACACCUCCUCAUUCAGGACACUCAGACUCUUCUGUCUGUGAAACAGCUGCUUUCCUUUGCUCAGCACUGACAUCACUUUGAGUUGCAGGUGAGCUGCAGAGCUGCAGAGGCCUGACCCGACUGUUUGUGGACACGACAAACACAAAGCUGCUUCUGAAAAUAUGUAGCACAACAUGCACCUCGAUUUUUAUUUCUGCGCAGACUGAAAUGGUCAGAAUGAACUUUUAUAAGAUAUCAGAAACUUUGAAGUCUGAUUGUACCUGCUGCACAGCACAGAGCAAAGGGCACAUUAACACCUGAGAGUUUAGGGAUGAAGACCUUAUAAGGUGUUGUAUUUCAGAAUAAAGUCAUCAUAUUAGGAGAUCAAGUUGGAGAAAAGAGCCUAAAUAUAAAAGGCCAAAUAGUACAUCUUUAUUUUUUACAACUAUGCAGGUGAUUCAGCUUUUAUCUUACGGUUAUUCUUGUAGCGUUACGACUUUGUUCACAAAGUAUUUUUUUAAUGUGGCUCUAAUCUCAGUUAUUGUUACAACAUAUUCUAAAAUAUAACCAAUGUACCAAUGUAUCUUUUUACUUUAACAGUCUGUGGUUUUAUGCAUAUCAAUAAAAACAUGUUAUAAAGUCA